ACUUCCCAUGAUGCUUUCGCAGUCGGAGCUUGCGCAAUAUGUUUUCCACGGCCCUGGCUGCUGGAGCUGUCUGUUUGGUGUUGUUGUCACAUUAAAGGGGCAAAAGAAAGAAUUGACCAAGUUGAUAUAACCCUGAGCCUGUCGCAUGAGGUUACUGGGCGUGCCCCUCCCUGCCAUGAGAGCUGACCACCAGGUCACCACCCCCCCCUCCUUCUGCAGUUGAUGGAUCUGCAGCUGGUCCAGAGAUGACAGACAGCGUCAGGGCCUUCCUCCGCAAUGUUGCGACGGGGAUCAAGGACUCCAUAUUGGGGAUUGGAACAAUCUCCAAGCUGGAUGCCCGCAUCCAGCAGAAAAGGGAAGAGCAGCGGAGGAGAAGGGCCAGCGGGGCCCUGGCACAGAGACGGGCACAGAGUGAGGAGCGCAAACCGGACAAUGAUCCCAAAGUAGCCAGCAGGAUUUUUCAGUGCUGUGCCUGGAAUGGAGGAGUGUUCUGGCUCAGUCUGUUUCUCUUCUACCGGGUGUUUAUCCCACUGCUGCAGACUCUCACUGCAAAGAUCAUCGGUGACCCCUCCCUCCAUGGCAGUGUGUGGUCCUGGUUGGAGUUCAUCCUGACCUCCGUGUUCAGCGCUCUAUGGGUUCUCCCUCUGUUCGUCCUCAGCAAGAUAGUCAAUGCCAUCUGGUUCCAGGAUAUAGCUGACCUAGCAUUUGAAGUGUCUGGUUGUAAAGCACAGCCGUUCCCCAGCGUCAGUAAGAUCAUUGCAGACAUGCUCUUUAACCUUCUCCUCCAGGCACUCUUCCUCAUUCAGGGUAUGAUUGUUAGCCUCUUCCCCAUCGAUGCCAUUGGACAGAUGGUUAGCCUCCUUCACAUGUCUCUGCUCUACUCCUUGUAUUGCUUUGAGUAUCGCUGGUUCAACCAUGGUAUCGAGAUGCAUCAACGGCUGUCCAAUAUUGAGAGAAACUGGCCCUAUUAUUUUGGCUUCGGUUUGCCCAUGGCUCUGCUGACCGCCCUGCCCUCCUCUUACAUCAUCAGUGGCUGCUUGUUCUCCAUCCUCUUCCCUCUAUUCAUCAUCAGCGCUAAUGAGGCCAAGACACCAACAAAGCUGUACCACUUCCAGCUGCGGCUCUUCUCCCUGGUUGUGCUGAUCAGCAACAAGCUUUUCCACAAGACGGUCCACCUGCAGUCCUCCCUGACGUCGUCCGUCUCCUCAGAGAGGCUGUCUUCCCCCCACACCUCCCCCACCCGCCAGAGACCUCUUCCCACCCAGUGAUGGAGCCACAUGAAGGAGAUUAAAAAAAAAACGCAGUCACUCGGUGUGAUUCCCCUUAAUGAAGAUGAUGUGCGGUUUAGGACAAAGGGUUUACAUUUUUUUUUAAUCUAAUCUCUGGCCCUGUAGUUCUUUAUUUGCAGCACCCAUCAGACACAUUUUAGUGUGACGCACAAAUCAACUGCCCUGUGCCUCACACUCAGACACAUUAUAUACUUAGCUCUUGACUUGUUUUCUUUUGUGAGUUUUCUUUUCGUUUGUUUUUUUUUUUGUAUAAUGUGCCAUUUGAGUGACUCUCCUUUAAUAAAUUACAGCACAAGAAAUCAUGUAGUUUUGAUAUGUUUAAGCAAACUUGUGACUAAAGAAAGAUUUUGAACUUUGAAGGGGCUAGUUUGCAUUCAGAAUGAAAGCACAGUCUUGUUUUACCUACACUACAUGUUUUCUUGAAGUUGCAAGUCACAUUCCUUCCUCACAGAUUGAAUGCUUUCUUGCACGUGGAUAUGAAAGCGUCAUAGCCGUUCCCAGGAGUAACCUUGCAUAGUUCAAAGGGAGGCUUUUUCUUAUCCCAUAAGAGCUUUGUUGAUAUUAGAAUAUACAGUUCAAGAGCUGCUAUAAAAAGGAUUGGUCACCUUAGUCGUGGAAACCAAAUAACAAAGUCACUCUUGUUUUUUGUGGGCUAAACCUUUGCUUGGUGUCUCAUCCACAUUAAGAUCUCACUCUGCUUUCUGAUGAGAUGUACUUGUUGCAAACAUAAGGUGACACCAGCAAAGGAAAAACUGCCUAAGCGUUGUCAGUCUAUGUGAAUUUAGUAGGUGAUAGGUGAGAUGACACUGCCAAACUGCUGCAUCUGUGUUUUGUUUGUUUCACAUAAACCACUGCAAUACUAAGCUCUGUAAUAAAAGAAAAGAGUUGCGUAG